GUUUCGACUUAGUAAAUUGAUUCAAAGAAAGCUUACCAUACCUUUAUAAAUGUCGCAUCUGGAACUAUUUUGAGAACACCAAGCCUUGUAACGAUGAAUAAAAUCAUCAUAAUAACCUCUGCCAUGACCAAGCCGUGCCAAGUUUGAAUCGAAGGCUACGCCGGGCAUUAUUAUUAGGUCACAGUAAAUUUCAUCAUCCAUUACUAGUUUUUUGUUUGUUAAUGAUCAAGGAGCCAAUUUUUUUCUUUUUUUUUUUGCAAACCUUUUGGAGACAACCCGUCUGGUUCAGGAAUUUGCCAUUUAUUUAUGAUCAACUGAUCAGUACUGUAUACUUGAUACAUUGACAUUGUAUGGCGUCCUUCACAUUUGGGUAAAAAAACAUUUUUUCCUAUGGAAGCUUGGUGAACAAGUUCAUGAGUGCGUAUUUCCAUAUGAGGCAUGCUCAUAAAAAGGCAAACAUUUUUGCUCUUUAUCCAUUCAGGAAGACUUAAAACUUUUUCACAAACAGAACUAGCUUGUAUGAGUCAGUUAAGCUUGCAUCAAAUAUCGUUUAUUUACAUUCAGCUUCAAUCAGUUGGUCACUCAAAUCAGCUAGUACUUUUGACAUUAACGACCGAAUCUUUUUCUUAUAGACCUGAGUCAUGCUGAACGCUAAGUAUAUUUGUUUCUUUGAUUGUUUCACGAAAAGCUCAAUAUUCAGAUAGAAUAAUAAGUCAAGUCACUUUAAAGGCCUCUGUAAUUAAGAAUAAACUGUAUAUAAAAAAAAAUAAAGCUGAAUGAGUUAUGCGUUAAAAAUUUGGUGAAAUAUGCUUUCAAUACAGUUUGGCGAGUCUGUAAUUGGGCUUGGGACUUGAAUUGCGAAAACACGUAUAAUGAUUUUGAACUAUUUUGGAAAAGUAAAUCGAGAAGGAUUUAAUCCAUUUGGAGAUAAUUACUAUGUCUAGAUUGUAACACUUCAUUCAAACUCACAUUCACCUAUAUCUGCUUCUACCUCUUCAAACCGUUGAAUUUUGAAGAACUGAAGAACUGAAGAACACAGCACACAUGACAAUAUAAUGCAAAUAUAAAAGCAAAGUUAUGAUCCUUUAUAAUAGCGAUGACUGACAACGAAAUUCCUCUGUCAGAAAAGGAAAUGACAGUACAAAGACUUUCCUUCAUCAGCAAAGAAGAGCUAUGGAAACUUAUAUCUACAGGACAUAUUGAUAUUCAAAAAUAUUCUAAUUUACCAUGCAAAGUAUCACCAAACACAGAAGAAAAAAGACAUACGUGUGAAUUAUCACCAGUAAUUGCAGAGCAUAUCUCCUACCCUGUACGCAAGAUUGACCUUCCCAAAAAGGCUGUUGAGAGUCUAUCACUGUCUACUAUAAGUAAUGAUGAAUUUCAAAAUCAAGCAUGGCUUCUCCAGCAACAGCAAGCAAAGCUUACUGCCAUGCAAGCUUCUUUGGAAAGAGUUAAUUUAGAGUUAACUGCCUUAACAGAAAGGAUUAUUUUGCUGUAUUACAAAGAGAAUUGCAGAGUGGGCGCGUUAUCCAUAAAGAGAAGCUUAGCUUCUCUAAUUCGGCCUUUCCUAUACUGUCUAAAGCUUUUUUUAAAGAACUCUGUCGUAUUUCUAGCUGCUUGCUACUUUAUGAAAUCGCCUUCCUCUAAAUGGAUAUUAGAUUGCAUUCGUCAGGCAUUUCUGCUUCUUCGUCAUUUAACAAGAUUUCCGGCAAUCCGAUUUUCUACUCUUCAUUUACUAUUAAACUAAUUUUUAUUUAUCGGCCUUGUUAUUUUUCAAUUGUGGUAAUAUUUAGUUUAAGUUGUGUUGACAUACUCUUUGCCAACUCAUUAAUUACUUUUUAAGAGCCAAUCAAGAAUUUAUUUAUUACUUCGCAAAUUACUUUAUCUCUAUCUUUUGCAUCAUGUUUAUACCAAGUAUGUAACAAUUCUGAUGAUUUGUUCUAAGGUAGCACACAUUGAAUAAAGACGAAUGGCUUCUAUUGUCUCAUAAUGCAUUUUUGCAGAAUUGACUUCCAAGUAUUUAUGAAUACUCAAUAAUAAAAUCAGUCGUAACUAUUUCC